UGCAACCAGUCUGCUGUGAGGCUCUGAAGCAGGAACAAUGUCUACCUGUUGUCUGCUGGCCGUUGCUGUCGUUGUAGGAGUUGCCUACAUUUUCCGUCAUAUUGUAGUGAAGGGAAAGAGAUGCACAAGCGAAGCAAAGCUGCAUGGGAAAACUGUGAUUGUGACUGGCAGCAACACAGGCAUUGGGAAGACCACAGCUAUAGAUUUGGCUAAAAGAGGAGCCAGGGUGAUUCUGGCCUGUCGCAGUAGGCAGAGAGGAGAGGCUGCUCUUGCGGAAGUCAAGAGGGAAAGCAAUAGCAAUCGAGUUGUGUUCAUGCAACUGGAUCUGGGAAGUCUCAAGUCCGUUCGCAGCUUUGCUGAUACCUUUCUGAAGUCUGAACCCAGAUUGGACAUCCUCAUCAACAAUGCAGGUAUUUACAUGCAGGGUCGAACAGAGGAUGGACUGGGGAUGAUGUUUGGGGUCAACCACAUUGGCCACUUCCUGCUAACCAACCUGCUGCUGGAGCGACUGAAGCAGUGUGGACCAAGCAGGGUGGUUAAUGUGUCCUCAUUGGGACAUAACUUUGGAAAAAUAGAUUUUGACUCCUUGAACACCCACAAAGCUCUGGGGCUGGGGACCUCAUUUUGGGAAGUCUUUCAGACCUACUGUGAUAGUAAGCUGUGCAAUGUCCUCUUCACCCAUGAGCUGGCCAAGAUACUCCAGGGAUCCAAGGUGACCUGCUACUCCCUCCAUCCAGGAGCUAUCAACACUGAGCUGGCCAGGAACACUAGCUCAGUGUUGCAAUUAUGCCUGAAACCCUUGACUACUUAUUUCUUUAAGAACACGGUCCAGGGAUGCCAGACCACCCUGCACUGUGCCCUCCAGGAGGGACUUGAACCUUUCAGCGGACGUUACUUCUCCAACUGCACUGUGAGAGAAGUCUAUGACAAAGCCAAAGACGAUGCUGCAGCAAAGAAGCUGUGGGAGCUCAGUGAGAGACUGUGUGGCCUUGCAUGAAAAAGCUUUCUAUUCAAUUCAUGACACUGAGUACUUUUUGUUUCAAUAAAUUUAUUAAUUACAUGCAAUUAUAGUAAUUUUUGUAAGGGCCCAAUCUAUAAAAAUGAAAAAGUUAGCUGGCAGUUCAACAUGAGGCAGGUCAAGUAAGGUCAAGAUUUGACUGCCCCACCACUCCUCUCCAAAUACAACAAUCUAAAGAAUCUGUCUGAUUAGUACUAUUAGAGUCAUCGAGACUUUUGAGAGGACUGUGCAGAUCUUCAUAUUAAACAUAAUUUUGUGUACUACUGUUAGCAUUAGAUGUGUAGUCUGACUAUGUAACAGUAUGUUAAGUUGUAAAAAAACAAACAAACAAGAUGUUCACUUGUGCAUUGUACAUCUUCAGUUAUUAAUGCCCAAUAUAAAUGAUCAAUCAAUUUUGCUAUUGGUGCAUAGGAGCCCUAAAAAGCAGUGUUCAUGCAGGAAACGGUUGGGUUACGCAAAAGGUUUCUGGUUUUGCUGGUUUAGUGAAUAUAAAUGGAUGGGUGGGGUCACAGCAGGAUGAAUUUAACAAUGUAACAAAAGAAAUGUGCUGACAAAGGGUUUCAUAAAUCAGUUAAAGCACACCCAUGUGUAGGAUUGUUGCUUACAAUUAGUUUCAGAAGAAUAAAAAAUCAUUUGAUCA